GGUACCGGCGCACGAAGGAGACGCUGGCUGAGUCGCAAAACAAGAAAGGAGGUGCAACAUACCAUGCCAUCCGAAACAUAUAAAAACCUGCUUGCUGAGACUCUAACUUCAGAAUUCAAGCUCUUCAAUUCACACUUCAUCUCAACUACCAGCACUACACUUCCUGUUUAACAAUCCGAAACAAUGGCACCCCGUCCCUUCGUCAGGAAUUUGACCUUCCAGUCCAACAACCUCGGAAAGGAGGUCACUCUCAUGCUCGCUUGGAGCCCCAACCUGGAUGGCCUCUACCAGGACGUCUUCCCGAUAGUUUGGAAGGUCACCAAAUUCGGGAAGGAGGGUCCAUACAGGGCUACCGCGACCUACACGGCCCAACUCGCUUUCUCCAGAGCUCAGGUCGAUGCCGGGAAGGUCAUCGGCGCUGCAACCUCCGUCAAUAUUAAUAUUAACCAGAAGACAAUGCUGACUGAGGCCAACGAGGUCUAUCAUUUCUCUCCCCCUGAGUCGGGACCCCCUGGUAUCCUGCAGGCCCAGAACCACACUGGUUCUAUUCAAGAGAUCGCAGUCGGCUUCGUAAACAAAGGAGAUUUCAUGCCCACCCCCGUACUCUACUUCAGCGAUGUCGGAGAUGGCAGUCGCGUCACAGCGAAGUACACUCCGGUCCUGCGUGCCUACAUUACGGCCGACUAUGAAGAGACCGCGAUCUUACGAGGUCAAGUUGACACUCCUGCGAUCUGGACGCAGGACCUCACUGGGCUUGCUCAGAACACGACUUGGAACCUCGCGCGGGACCCGAACACCGGACGUUACUCACUCACCCAUGCUUAAUUGAGGAAUGCGACAACGUAUCUUCGUUCAAACCAAUUACCUCACUUGGUUUUGCUUGUUUAUUAUGUAUUUCGCAAGAGUGGAUAAUUGUAGAAUUUCUCAUGGCGCUUUAUCUAUGUGUUUGAAUCUUGAAUUCUGUUGAACCAGAUCUCUUGAGUGUGCAUGUAAAGAUGUUGGCUUUUUGAGACCAUUGACCUAUCGAACGCGGAGGCUCAGGUCCCGAGACAAUUACCGGUAGCAGUAGACAGGGGUUAUUACCUGUUUAAAAAGACGCCCGAUUGACAAGUGAACAUUUCAGGCCGUCUGCUCACUGUUGAUAUUAAAAUUAGUCAUAGUAAGGUACUGACCUGAAGUUCUU